AUGAUCAAGCAGGGCAUCGAGGACAAAAAGCGCCACGAUGCCGACAAUGUACAGAACUCGAGACAUUGCAAGGUGCUGGGUCGUCACGGGGAAAUCGUGACCAAGGAGUGGCAGGAGGUGCUGGUCGGCGACGUUUUACGUCUCGGCGACGGCGACGAAGCCCCCGCAGACGUGUUCAUUCUCGCAACCUCUGAAGAGGAAGGUCGCUGCUUCGUCGAGACGUGCAACCUAGACGGUGAAACAAACUUGAAGCGACGAUCCGCUAUUGAGCAGGUGACGCAGCACAUCGGCUACAGGAAACUGAACGACCCGGCGCUGCCAGAAGCCGAGCACAGCAAGCAAAUGAUGCAGUUCAGUGGCACGAUGGAGUACGAACAGCCCAACAACCGGCUGUACAAUUUCACGGGCAGGAUUGAAUUCGGGCCUAACAAUGAGGCCGCCCCCAUUGGGCCGUCCAACACUAUUCUGCGUGGCUGCAGCGUUCGCGGCUGUGCUUACAUUUACGGCGUCGUCAUCUUUACUGGCUCCGAGACGAAGUUGAUGCAGAAUGCCCGCGCAACGCCGUCGAAGCAGAGCAACGUGUACAAAGUGGUCAACCGCUGCAUUCUGCUGAUCUUUAUCACGCAAUUCGUGCUGUGCAUCAUCAGCACCAUUUGCAAUACGAUCUGGAUGGAUAAGUACGAGGAAAAUCUGUGGUACUUUAGCUCGGCCAUUACACGGACGUCGUCUGGAUCCAACCUGGUGAGCUUCUUCACCUUCCUCAUCCUGUACAACAACCUCGUUCCCAUCUCGUUGUACGUCUCCCUCGACAUGGUCAAAGUUGUCCAGGCGAAGAACAUCUCUAGUGACCCGGAAAUGUGUCACGAAGGAACCUACGCCAAUGCGCGGACGUCCGAUUUGAAUGAAGAGCUGGGCCAGGUACAUCACAUCUUCAGCGACAAGACGGGUACUCUCACGUGCAACAUCAUGGAGUUUCGCAAGUGCUUCAUUGCUGGUGUGUCCUAUGGUUUCGGCACAACCGAAAUCGGCCGUGCAGUGGCAGAGCUGGCGAAGAAAAAUGCAGCUGCAAAGGGCGAGUCAAGCAGUUCAAUCGACAAAGGGGGCGACGACAAACACCAUGAUCCUCGAGACGCGCAAGUGGAGUUUAACCCCUUCAUUCAUUUCGACGACCCGCGCUUAGUAAAUGCACUAGCUGCGAAUGCUCCAGAGGCCGCAGCAAUUGACGAGUUCCUCACCGUGCUUUCCGUUUGCCACACGGUGAUCCCCGAGACGAACGCGAAAACAGGUCAAAUUGACUAUCGUGCCUCCUCUCCAGAUGAAGAAGCGCUGGUAAAAGCUGCCAAGUGCUUGGGAUACAACUUCAUCACCCCAGCCCCGCUCCUGGAAGUGAAGGUGACUACGAAGAGGGGAACCUCGGCCGUGCGCAAGUACACAAUCCUCAACGUGAACGAGUUCAACAGCACGAGAAAGCGGAUGUCGGUGACGCUCCGAACCGAAGACGGUCGCUACUUUUUGUAUUGCAAGGGCGCGGACAAUGUCAUGAUGCCUCGGAGCAAGAUUGACGAACACACGGCAAAAAUGGACGAGGAGCUGAAGCGGUUUGCUAGUGAAGGCCUUCGGACCUUGGUCAUAUGCAGUAAAGAGCUGACAGAGGAAGAGUACUUGGCAUGGGACGUCAAGUACCAGGAAGCUGUGACGUCUCUAACGAAUCGUGAUGAACUUCUGGACGAAGUCGCCGAGUUGAUCGAAACGGAGAUGAAAAUUGUUGGUGCAACUGCAAUCGAAGACAAACUGCAAAAAGGUGUUCCGACUGCGAUAGCGAACCUUGCCCAAGCUGGGAUUAAGAUCUGGAUGCUUACAGGCGAUAAAGAAGAAACCGCGAUCAACAUCGGACACGCGUGCCAGUUGAUCAACGAUGGCAUGCGGCUUCUCAUUGUCAACUGUGAAGAUCUCGAUGAUUUGGGCAGACAAGUUGACAAGAUCUACAAGCUCGAUGACGUACAGUCUCAUAUCAACGCCAACAAGGUGUCCGCUCAUCUCGCGCUUGUUUGCGACGGGAAAGCCAUGGUGCAUGUUUUCCCACCGAAGAACACCUCGUCGGAGCGAGCUUUACAUGCAGCAAAGGUGCUAUCUCAAAUGAUUUUGGAAAUCUCCAGCGUUUGCCAAGCUGUUAUCGCGUGCCGUGUGUCUCCUGCCCAGAAGGCAGACAUCGUCAACCUCAUUCGGUACAACUCGCCGCAAAAGCCGAUCACGUUGGCCAUUGGAGAUGGAGCAAAUGAUGUGAACAUGAUUCAGUCGGCCCAUGUGGGGGUUGGCGUGUCAGGCCAGGAAGGCGUCCAAGCUGUGAACGCCAGCGACUAUGCGAUCGCGCAGUUCCGCUUCCUGGAGAGGCUUCUCCUAGUCCACGGUCGCUACAACUACCAGCGGAUCUCCAAAGUCAUUCUGUAUUCCUUCUACAAAAACGUCGCUCUUGUCAUUGCGCUCUUCCUCUUUAACUUUUACAACGGGCAGUCCGGCACGAGUGUGUUCGAGAGUUUCAUCAUGGCGGGGUGGAACUUCUUCCUGGCGUUGCCGAUCAUUGCGAUUGGCGUUUUUGACGAGGAUGUCGCGCCCGAACAAGUCCUCCGCAACCCAGUGCUGUAUGUGCCUGGGCAACGGAACGAAGGGAUCAACAUGAAGCGCUUCUCGACGUGGCUAUUCAACGCUAUCAUCCAGGCGUUCAUUUGUUUUAUGUUGGCCAUGUACGGGACGAUCAACGUCAGCGGAUUCAGCGCGGGGCUCUAUCUCCAGGGCAGUGUCAUCUACUCUGUGCUACUGAUGUCCGCCAACCUGAAAGUCAUCCUGGAGACCUUGUCGUGGACGAAAUUCAAUCGGCUCGUGCUCGCGUUCAGUCUGUGGCUAUUCUUUUCCUUCCUCCUCGUGUUCCCCUUCAUGGGGUCGCUAGGACGGGAUCUGUACGGAGUCUCGCUUCGAUUGCUUUCAAGGUUUGCCCCGAGCAGUGACCGACAAGCCAUGAUCAAUAUCAAGAAAUGCAGAUUAUUCACACAUGUCCGCUUCGUGUUCAGCUCCGCUGAGACGGACGGGGGCGACAAGGACGACCGCGAUUCACGGGAGCUCGCGUCGCUCAAGGUCCUCGAAUUCCACCGGGAAGCUGUAGCAUCCUUCACCAAAGAGAGACCCGCGUCCUUCAGCACUUCAGGCGGAAUUGUUCCUGGGCCGUCCACCACUUCUAGUGCCCAUCUUAGCGGCCACUUCAGCAGCGGCCAUCUCAGUGCUCGCCACUCGCAACGCGGCACCUGA